GCAGCGCAGCACCGCGGCGAACUUUCGCUGUGACACAUCGCUGUGGAGUAUGUGUGCAACAUGAUUUUGUGUCCCGUUGGCUGUGCUGGAAGUCAUGGCAGGUCCUGAGCUGCUAAAAACGCUUCUGUAUACCGUCAAUAAUCUGCUGCAACAGGAGAAAUACAAAGCGGCAUUGGCAGUUGUGAAAGGUCUCAGAAAUGGCGCCGUAUACGGGGCCAAAAUCAGAGCACCACAUGCCCUGGUUAUGACAUUUCUAUUCAGAAGUGACAGUUUGAAGGACAAGCUCAAAGCCAUUUUGAAGGCCACUUACACCCAUUCCCGCAACCUUGCAUGCUUUGUGUUCACAUACAAAGGAUUGCAAGCCUUGCAGCAGAAGAUCCAGGGAAAGAGUUUACAGUCUCACUCCUUUCUGGCUGCCUGUGUUGGAGGAUGGUUAGUGUUUGGCGAAAACAACGGCAUCAAUAGCCAGAUCAACAUGUACUUGCUGUCCAGGAUCUUGUUCGCCCUGUCUCGGCUGGCUGUAGAGAAAAGACUUAUCCCCCAGCCUAAACACGACCCCUUCCCGCUCUUCGCCACCCUGGUGUGGGGAGUGGUCUUGUGGUUGUUUGAGUAUUACCCACACACCCUCCAGCCCUCACUGCAAUCAUCCAUGACCUACCUCUACCAUGACAGCAAUGUGUGGCAUGACAUAACAGACUUCCUUGUUUAUAACAAGCCACGGAGAGCUGCUCAGAAAUGAAGCUUUAUUUUUUUCUCUGUAUAUCUCUACAAUGCAUUAAUUGCACUUUAAAAAAAAAAAAAAUUAUUAAUAUUCCAAUAUUAUUGAAUGUUGCCUUCUUUGAAUUACUGUUUGAUUAUAGGAUUUUUUUUUGUUAAUGUUUGGUUCAUUGACCACCUGUAUGUGUUUUCUUGUGUCAUGGUUCAUACUUUUUUGACUCCAAAUUUCCAGUCAAAGAAAUACACCAGCAUAUUUGCAUGUAAUUGUUACUGGACAAAAUCAGCUUUAAAUAUCGAUAUAUGUGUCCAGUAUGAUUUUCCUGGCGCAAUUGUCUGAUUUUAAUUUUUAUAAAAAUAUCACUAAAUACAACUGCUACAGAAUAAAAGGCAAAAGAUGUUUAAUGCAAUCUGUCGUGAACCCGCAAUCACACAAAAUGUCAUUAUCAUUAAUAUUAUUAUGAAGUGAAUUGGUUUAAAAAUAAAAACGAUUGUGUUCUUCUAUAUAAUAAUAGACAAAUAGUGAAAAAUUAAAAAUGGCAGCUGUUAAUACUUUGUUUGAAAAAGAGCUAUUCAAUUGUAGCGCUUGGCAUCUUUUUCUGCAAAGCAGUAUGCAGGUUAUAAUGAUGACUAUCUGAAAAAAGGCUUAUUCAGUGUUGUAGAUAAGCAUAUGACUCACAUUUUGUGUCUUCUCUUUAACGAGCUGAGUCCCUAACAAUUCUGGAACCUUUGUUAAGACAUGAUGCUCCAUCGUGCAGCACCUCCACAAGAAAUACUGGAUGUGCAUGUUUCAGUUCAUUAGUUUACUGGUGAAGGUGUGCCAUUAUUGUGUAAUAUUUAAUGGGGACUGAAUGAACGAGUUUUAGUCAAACCUGUUCCCCGUUUUUCCCUUUGUUCAAAGGCUUAAUCGUCACUUAUGCCAGUUCAACAUCUUCCCAAAUGAAUUGAGCUGAAACUCAUUACAACUGAUUGAACCAAAGGUUUUUCUUGCAGUUCUUUAAAUUUUGUCUUUAAAAAGUUGUUAUAUGAAGGCACCAGGUAGAUAGAGAGGUACGCAGAGCAACAGCCUCUCUCAUGAUACAAAGUCAGUUUUCAUUCACCAAAAAUGCAUGCCACACAAUAAACUGUACAUAUCUGACAUUUUGAACAGGUGAGUGCACCACCCCUCAAACAUGAGUUGCGUAAUUUAAAAGCUAUUUUCUUUGGGAGGCAAGUCUCAAAAUAAAUUGAAACACCAAUGUUUCCCAAGUGAACUCCCAGGAUUCUACAGAGUGAGAGAGAGAGAGAAAACAUACUCGUUGUGCAGGAGUGUGUCUGUAUUUUUAAAACUCAGAUCCAUUGUUUACCAUGUAGUAUGUAUUAUUGUAGUAUGAUGUGCAUGUUUGUCUGUAUAUUUCUAACUGAUGAGCCAGUUAUCACUAUCUGACCAAUUAACUGACCUGCAGUAUGUAAGUAGGAGCUAUAACCUUUUGCCUCGUAGACUCUGUUUCAGAAAAUCUAGUUUUAGUUGUGCGCUUUAGACAGUGUGCAACCUGUAGUUACUGAAAUAUGACUUAGUAAGCUAAGUACAGUAGGCCCCUUAACUGCAUUCGACAGUACUGUUAUUUCAGAGCCAAUUCCAUUAAUGCAUUUUUUCCAUCAUAGACAUAACACUGCUACCUACCAUGGUACCCACUGAUACGCCACGGUACCAUCUCUGAAGUACUAUUGUAGUAUACCAUGGUAUGUACCACAGUUUACAUUAGUACAUACCAUAGUAUAAUUUGUCAGGUUUACUGGUCUGACUACCCAAGAAACGAAUGUAAUCAGCUCUAGCUUCCUGUUUUCCAUUGAACUGUGUGGGUCUGAUUACUCAUAUACAGCCCGACUUACCCACGAAAAUGUACACCUGGAAUGUAGUCUACGAGGAGGAGUGUCCCAUUUUGGGGCACAUGUUUUAAAGAUACAGUUAUAAGUCCAUUUACAGUACAAAUAAGCAGGCUCAAAGCGUGCAGAAAAAAUGUGUAAAUGAGUAAAUGAAAAGAUUAAAAACUGAAAUGAAUAAAU